CGGAAGUGCUUGGGGAGGGCCGCGCAGUCGGACCGGCUGCUGAGACGAAAGCUUCACUGGGGCAGUCUCCGCAUAUCAUGGGGAGAUAGACGCUGCUGCCUGUAGCUUUUGAAAAUGGCUGCCUCUCAUUACAGUGGGCUUACAGCAGUUGCUGAUGUAAUUAAAGAUCUAGACACUCAGAUAGCAUUGAUUGGCCUUGGUCCUCACAGCUCUAAAAAGAAGCAGGAUCUUGACAAGCUCUAUGAGCUGAAGUCUAAAGCUCGGCAGAUUAUGAACCAGUUUGGCCCUUCAGCGCUAAUCAACCUCUCCAGUUUCUCAUCUGUAAAACCAGAGCCAGCUAGCACCCCGCCACAAGGCUCCAUGGCCAAUAGCACCACCGUGGGAAAGAUAGCAGGCACUCCUGGGACAGGCGGUCNUCUCAGCCCUGAAAACAACCAGGUAUUGACCAAGAAGAAAUUACAAGACCUAGUAAGAGAAGUAGAUCCUAAUGAGCAGCUGGAUGAAGAUGUGGAAGAGGUAAGGUGGGCUUGGGUACCAAAGGCCGUGUGUCCCUGCUGUUGAGGCAGCAUGCAUGNUGAGAAG